AGAUUCCUGAGGAGCUUACACACAAGAACCGCCUUCAAGAGUUCACCCAACGAUCAUCCCUUGAUCGCCCUGUUUAUCAGAUUGUCAAUGAAGGCUCUCAACAUGCACCUCUCUUUAGAUCCAGUGUUUUGGUUGAUCGGUUUUGGUAUACAUCUCCUAGCACAUUUUCACAGUUAAAGGCUGCGGAGCAGGACGCUGCAAAGGUUGCCUUGAUAGGCGUGAAAGAAAAGAUGAAACAUGAGGGAUGCCCUCUUAUUCGUGAGGAUACAGUGUUUUGCAAGUCUAUCCUGAAUGAGUAUGCUGUAAAGAUGAAGCUUGAGAAACCUAUUUAUCAUACAGUUCAACCUGAGGGGUUGCUUCCUGUUUUCAAGGCUACAGCGGUCUUUAAUGGUAUUCAGUAUAUGGGAGAAACUGGAAAAAACAAGAAAGAAGCUGAACAAAUGGCAGCUCGAGCAGCGGUUAUGUCCAUUUUAGAAACUGAUUCUGGAACCAUGAUGUUGGAGAUCAUCAAGUCUAAGCGCAAGCUUUAUGUUGCACUUGAUAAAGUCCAGGAUACAGGUGAUAUUAAUGCUGGCUUCAUGCCAACUGAACUUAAUCCUCCAGUUCAUGUGAGUAAAAGGAAAGAAGUUGAAGUUAUUGACGAUGCUGGGGAAAAGACUUAUUCUGGACUUUUAGCAUAUGGUUUGGGACAACCUAGUGAUAUUCACGCACCUAAUCAGCUUCACGUCUUUAAAAGACCAAAAUUAGCAUCUUCAUCAGUGGAAGUUGCCCCUCCCAUGGUAUUUGUGCCCCCUGUCAUUGAUCCAUCUUUGCUAUGUUCAACUUCAGGAAAGAAACGUAAUCGGCGAAACAAGAAAAAGGCAAAGAAAGAUGUGCAAGUUGACCCUCAGGUGCCUGGUGCCAUGUUGCCAUUGACUCAACUUCCUCCCUGCUCGGUGGCACAGUGAGUUCCUUUGCUGAUCAUUUCUGCUAGAGGUGUGAAAUCGUUGAAUUUGCCGGAAUUGCGUCCUAUGUCUGACCCCUAUAUGUAUGUAAUGUCAUGUAAACUGUUGCUCCUUGUAGUAAGUUGGUGGACAGUGUUCGACUUGUUAAAGCCUUGCAACUUCUGCUGUAGUUGUGGAUAGUUCGUUAUGGGCUUUCCAAUUUUCCUUGUGCCUUUUACUUUCUAUGGCGUUUUCUUGCCUUGUUAUCUCUGAUGCUAAUAAGUGAAAUUGAUUUUACAAAUGCAAGGACGUAGCGCGCA